AUGAGCCACCGCAAGUUUGAAGCCCCCCGCCACGGUAACUUGGGUUUCCUCCCCAAGAAGCGCACCAAGCACCACCGUGGUCGCAUCCGCAAGUUCCCGCGUGACGACCGCUCGAAGGCCCCGCACUUCACGGCCUUCAUGGGCUACAAGGCCGGCAUGACGCACAUCGUGCGUGAGGUCGACCGCCCGGGCUCCAAGCUCCACAAGAAGGAGGUUGUCGAGGCCGUCACGAUCCUCGAGACGCCGCCGCUCGUCGUUGUCGGCGUUGUCGGCUACCUCGAGACGCCCCGCGGUCUCCGCACCUUGACCACGGUCUGGGCCGAGCACUUGUCGGAGGAAGUCCGCCGCCGCUUCUACAAGAACUGGUACAAGUCCAAGAAGAAGGCCUUUACCAAGUACGCCAAGAAGUUCGCGGAGAAGCCCGCCGAGAUCGAGAACGAGCUCAACCGCAUGAAGAAGUACUGCCAGGUCAUCCGUGUCAUUGCGCACACGCAGAUCCGCAAGGUCAAGCUUCGCCAGAAGAAGGCCCACCUCCUCGAGAUCCAGAUCAACGGUGGCUCCAUCGCCGAGAAGGUCGACUUCGCCAAGUCGUUCUUCGAGAAGCAGGUCCCCGUCGCCACGGUCUUCGGCCAGGACGAGAUGAUCGACAUCUGCGGUGUGACCAAGGGUCACGGUUACGAGGGCGUCAUCACGCGUUGGGGCGUCACCCGCCUCCCGCGUAAGACGCAUCGUGGUCUCCGCAAGGUCGCCUGUAUUGGUGCCUGGCACCCGUCGCGCGUCCGUUUCACGGUCGCCCGCGCUGGUCAGCACGGUUACCAUCACCGUACGGAGGUCAACAAGAAGAUCUACCGCAUCGGUGCCGCCGGCGACGCCAAGUCGUGCAUGACGGAGCAGGACUUGACCGAGAAGUCGAUCACGCCCCUUGGUGGUUUCCCCCACUACGGUGAGAUCAACGAGGACUGGCUCAUGCUCAAGGGCGCCAUCAUCGGUGUCAAGAAGCGUGCCCUCACGCUCCGCAAGUCGCUCUUGGUCCACACCAAGCGCGCUGCCCUCGAGCCCAUCAACCUCAAGUUCAUCGAUACCUCGUCGAAGUUCGGUCACGGUCGCUUCCAGACGGCCGAGGAGAAGGCCAAUGCCGGCAGUGGUUCGUUCAAGGCCUCUGCGUCGCCACCGACUUUCGGUGCGUCAAAGUCGAGCGCUGCAGAACCAACGGUCGUUGCUCCGACGAUUGCCAAGCCGUCGAGUGCAGCGGAAGGCGAACUCUGGGUGCUCAUCAAUAGCUUCCACAAGACGCUCGAAUCCAUCCGAGCUGAUGCCGAGCCGUGCAAGUCGUCGCAGACGAACGAAACUGCGUUCACUUCGUCGCUCAAGCAGCUGCGCCAGAAGGUUCUCGGCGUCUGCGAUACCAUCGACGCGCUCGACGCGACGUUCCAGAAGACAGAAAACCAUGUGCAAGUCGUCGUUGGCAACAGCAGCGAUGUGCAGACCCAAAUCGAAUGCGCCAAGAGCCUUCUCCGCAGCCUCCAAGACGAGACGCUCAAGGCACAGCUCGAAGAUCAGCCACUCGACCAGCGCUCGGCGACGACGCGGGAGAAGUUGCGCAAGAAGAUUGACGACAUCCAUCGGUAUACGACCGAGCUGGAGAAGCACAUUUGCCUGCUGAAGGAGAACGGGACGUCGGUGACUGCACCAAACACCUCGGCACAACUCUUCAAGGUUCUCAAGCUCAACUACGAAACGUCCAAGCGUGAAUACAACCGCGCUGUGCACCUCGCGGACCAGAUGAAGGACCUCUCGCUCAAGGCCAAAUCGCGCAUCCUGACAAAGGCUCCGUCGGGCCCCAUCGCGCCGACGAAGGAUCUCCUUCGGCAGCUUCGCCAAGAAGACGACAGCCUCCUCAAGCUUCAGAGCGUCUUCGGUGCUAUGGGUCCCUCGAUCACGCCGCGCGAAAUCUCGAGCACUGUGCGCCGCCAGCCGCCGCGGCGCGAAACUCUAACGACCAAGCCCGAGCCAGUGCCAGCUCCGGCGCCCAAGCCGCGGUCAAGCCAGCUCUUUUCGUCGGCGUCGACGUCUAUCCCGACGCAAGCGGCGUCGAGCGGAUCGAUUUCGUUCCAGCAGAUGCCCAAGCGCAAGGUCGAGGUCAAGUCGGAGCCCAAGGCGGAGGCCAAGGUCGAGCCCAAGUUUGAGUUCAAGCCGGCAGUCAAGGCGGAGCCCAAGACAGAGCCUACGACGACGACCGAGGCACCGCCGGCCGCGGAAAAGACCAAGCCUAUCAAGGUUGCGUCGGGCGCGUUUUCGUUUGGCGCGUCCAAGGCAGGUGAUGCCAAGUCUCCGGCGCGCAAGCCCAUCUCGCUCGGGUCGCUUUCGUUUGGCGAGUCGUCGGAAGACGUCGAGUCGCCGCGUGCGCGCAAGAUGUCGACGGCGUCCAACCACGCCAAGACGCCGCAGAAGUCUUCGAGUUUCUCGUUCCCGACGCCCAAGUCGGCAACGCCCAAAACGGAGAAUGCGGUCGACGUCAAGUCGCCUCUUCAUUCGGCAAAGAAACCGACAGCUUUCGGCGCGUCGACGGACUUUAAGCUGCCGGAACCCGCCGCCGCGAUCAACUAUGUCGAGCGCAUGAAGACAUUUUACGAAAAGCACGCUGCGGGCAACACCAUGACGGACGCCAAGAUGCAAAAGCUCGUGGCCGACAACGUGGGCAAGGAGCCCGAGCUGUUUUUGCGGGUGAUGAAGAAGUACGUGGGCCAAGACGCGACGCUCGAGCACGCCAAGGAGUACCUCGAGACGGGGACCGUCCCAGCGGCGCUUUUGAAGACGGCACCGACGGGUUUCGUUGCCGCCGGGGCGGCCACUGCGACGACGAGCCAGGCAUUCCGAUCGGCUGCCACGCCACCGACGAGCUUUGGUUUUGGCGCGGCGUCGAACGCGUCGCCGUUUGGUGCCAAGCCGACGCCGGCAUCCCCUGCCAAGACAUCGCCAUUUGCCAGUGCGACAACGCCACAGUCGCCAGUGGCCAGCCCAUUUGCACAGACGACAGCAUCGCCAAGUCCGUUUGGUCAGACACCGGCGUCUCCGUUUGGUCAGGCCGCGGCACCGGCCUCGCCGUUUAAUCAGGCGGCGCCGAGUCCUUUUGGACAGACACCCGCGGCUGGAGCACCGGCGUUUGGCGGUGCGCAGGACCACCGGACGCGCCUCGUCGAGUUUUACACCAAGCACAACCCGGCCAAGCUCAGUGAGGUCGAUACGGUGCUUCUUAAGUACCGCGGCCAAGAAGACAAGCUCUUCAAGAGCCUGGAGCUGAAGUACAAGGUGGAUUCCAAGCCGGCGACGGGGUUUGGCGGCGCCUUUGGCAACACAACGGCGCCGACCGCGUUUGGCAACACUGGCAAUGCAGCGUUUGGCUCGACCUCGGGCUUUGGCAGCAACACGACGUCUGGUUUUGGCAAUACGGCCUUUGGCGCGACGUCGGGCUUUGGUGCGGCGCCCUCGAGUCCCGCGUUUGGCGCGACGCAGCCCCUCGCAACGUCGGCGUUUGGCUCGACCAACUCGAUGGCGGCGCCUUCGUUUGGCAGUGCCACACCCGCCUUUGGGUCGACGACGUCGCUCGGUGGGACGGCGACACCAGCCUUUGGCGCGGCGACGCAGCUCGGCACUGGGUUCGGUGCGCCCUCGGGCUUUGGUGCGCCCGCGCCUGCACCGGCCUCCAACCCGCCGGCCGGCGGUGGCUUUGCCGGCUUUGCCGCCGCCCAAGCACCCAGCUUUGGCUCGUUUGGCGCUCCCCAAGGCCAAGCUACCGGCUUUGCCGCUCCCCAAGGCCAAGCUACCGGCUUUGGUGCCCAAGGCCAGUCGACGGGGUUCGGUGCCCAAGGUCAAGCUACCGGGUUCGGUGCCCAAGGUCAAGCUACCGGGUUUGGUGCCCAAGGUCAAGCGACGGGCUUUGGCGCUGCUUCCGGCUUUGGCGCGGCCAGCUCUGGUUUUGGUGGUGGCGCGCCGGCCUUUGGCCAGACGAGUGGCUUCAACAGCUCGAGCUUCACCAAGAUGCGCUAA